GGAUGGCGGCGAAAGGAGGGAACCGCGGUAAGGCCCUGGAGUUGCUCCGGACCUUGCCCCGCGUGAGCCUCGCCAACCUGCGGCACAACGAUGGCGCCCGGCAUCCGGAAAGGAGACGUGGGCGUGGUAGGCAUAGAGGUCGGAAAAGUGGCCGAGGUCAUAAAGGAGAAAGGCAAAGAGGAACCCGCCCACGCUUAGGAUUUGAAGGAGGCCAAACUCCCUUUUAUUUAGUUAUCCCCAAAUACAGCUAUAAUGAAGGGCACAGUUUCAGGCAUCAAUAUCCUCCCUUGUCCCUCCAGAAGCUGCAGUACUUGAUAGAUUUAGGUAGAGUUGAUCCCACAGAGCCAAUAGAUCUAACACAGCUGACAAAUGCCAGAGGAAUAGCAAUACAGACAAAGAAAAGACAUUAUGGCAUCCAGCUUGUGGAGGAGGGAGCUGAUAUCUUUAAGGCAAAAAUAAAUAUUGAAGUGCAGAUGGCAUCAGAAUUAGCCAUUGCUGCUGUUGAAAAGAAUGGUGGUGUUAUUACAACAGCUUUCUAUGAUCCAAGGAGUUUGGAAAUUCUUUGCAAGCCAGUCCCAUUUUUUCUACAAGGUAAACCUAUUCCAAAACGAAUGCUUCCUUCUGAAGAUCUUGUUCGUUACUAUACAGAUGCUAAGAAUCGUGGCUACCUGGCUGAUCCAUCAAAGGUUCAAGAGGCAAGAGUGGAACUUGCCAAAAAAUAUGGCUAUGUAUUACCAGAUAUUACACAAGAUGAACUGUUCCAAAUGCUGAGCCGACGCAAGGAUCCUAGACAGAUUUUCUUUGGCCUUGCUCCAGGAUGGGUUGUAAACAUGUCAGACAAGAAAAUUCUGAAACCAACAGAUAAGAACUUGCUAGAAUACUACAGUUCAUGAGAAUUCAAAUGGAAGGCGAGUCUUGGAGUUCACGUAAAGUCUUGGUUUAUUACAUGAACCUAUUAAUUUUUGCUGUAUAACAGAGCUAGGUACAAUGCAAAUAAACUGUUUAAAAUGUU